AUGCCAUACCCCUUCACAUUACCGACGACAUCGUCAACACCUCUGGACGCCUUCAUCAGCAGCCCAAGCCAUCCUUCUCUACCACUUGAGGCGACGACACAACGAUCAAUCCUCCGAGAUGCCCUUAAAAAGCACAAAAGAUUACCCACCAUACAACAAGCAGCUCACUUGAGCGUAGUCCAGGAUGCCAUCAAUGGCUAUCUUCCUUACACUCUGGGCAUUGCGUCGGCCAUAUCUUCGGGCAGAAUAGGAGAGGAGUCUGUGUCGGUCACGAAUACGAAACAGCUGCAAACAGAAUGGCGCCUUACUCUGUCGGCAACAUUGCCAGGUCGAGAGCCGCCACGAUCGCCAUUGGCAGGCAUAUACAACGACGUCGCUUUCGUCCUGCAGACACUGGCAUACAUUCAGGUUCAACAAGCACGCGCACAACUCCAAAUCCUCUAUUCGCCCAACAUACCCUCGCCGGACCGCCGGACUGCAGCAAUCGGCUCAGCCAUGAAACAUCUCCUCGAAGCAAAUUCAAUUCACAACUAUAUCCUAAACCUACAUACCCAGGAUCCAGCUUCUGCACCUCUAGACACGGUCAACUCGACACAAGUUGCUCUCGCGGCUUUGGCUCUCGCAGAAGCCACUCUCAUCACUGUCUUGAAAGACGAUCCAUACACUACCGCUGUAAUUCAAGCAAGAAAUAAGGACGACAAGGAAUGGAUGAUAUCCGCCCCUAGCAUCCCCAAAGUCCGAGCUCAUCUAUUUGCUCGCCUCUGUCUCUGUGCCUCUGAUCACGCUCAACGAGCAGCUGCUUCUUUAGCCCCUGGAAUCGGUGCUUUGGACUCUUCUUUGCUGAACUACGUCGAUGAUCUCCGUCGCACUGCUCGUGCAAAAGCUGCUAGAUUUCUGGCUUGCGAUGCCGAAGCGACAGGCAAGACUGGAGAAGCCAUUGCAUAUCUACGAGGUGCAAGACGAGAGUUGGGUCUAGCGCCCCUAGAACAGGACGCCAGCAAGCGCAAAGGCUGGAAGGGAAUACAGCAAACCUUUGCCGAAAAACGAGAAGACCGAAAAGUCGAAAAGGGCUCUGAUGAUUGGGGUCUGGAUGCAGGAAAGCUUGAAGAGGCGAGAGUGUUGGAGUGGCUGGAACCGAAAUGGGUAAACGAACCGCUCAUCGCGACCAUGCCAUCAGGGCGAGAAUACCAUACUCCCAAGCCAUUCACCCCGCCAACGCUCGACGCAUCUCUGCUGGCUCGUCUCCGAGCUCCUAUUGAUCCUCAUCAAAAUGCUUUUAGGGGCAACGAAGAGGACAGUGGUGACGAAAACAUGGCUCGAGAACCGGCAGUCGUACCUGGCGCCUUUCCUGGUGCUGCUACAGGCGGGACUAGUGGCAAUGCCUAUUACUGA